AGCAGGGGGACUGUUAACUUACCUGUACCUGUGGGAAGGAGUGCCACUCGUCAUCGUCCGACUCCAAAUCAGGAUCAACUUUUCCUUCUUCCAGCAGCCCGGAGAAGUAGAAGUCAGCCAGGACGGCUUGAAACUGAACGAACGACUGCAGCAGGACUCCGAGCAUGGAGCCUAUAACGUGUUGGAGCGAGGAGAGAGUCGGCGAGUGGCUCCAAGGUCUGGAUGCCCCCCUGCAUCAGUACUCUGUCUCGGAGUGGCAUUUGUCAGGCCUGGAUCUGCUCCAGUUGACCUCGCAGGACCUGGAAAAGCUGGGAGUCCAUAAGAUCGGACACCAGGAGCUCAUACUGGAGGCCGUGGAGAAACUCUGCUCUCUGACAUAUGGCAUGGGCGGGGAGACCCUGCGUGGUCUGACAGAGAAGCUGCGUGCUCUUGCCCACACCCUGCAGAUGGGCAUCCAGGGCCGCUGGCGCCUCAACCGCUCCGAAGGACAGAGCGCCACCAAGCUGCCUGCUCGGGUUCUGCAGGUUGUGGUGGAGCUCAUCACCUCUGCCAAAGGCCUCUUCUCUCUGCUCAACAGGCAUCAGUUUUUGCAGCUCAGUGGAUGCACCUCCACCAAGAACAUAUUCGACUACUGCAGAGAGCUGGGAGAAAUUGUCCAGAAGGAUACCACUGUCUAUGACAAGGAAAAGGACAUCAUCUCUGUAUGCCGUCAGUUGGUGGCGGUGUGCGACGAGAUCCUGAACUCCAGCCCUGAAGCACUUCUUACCCACACUGCCCAGCUUGAGAGUGUUGACUUAGUCCCUGUGUCACCUGGUGAUCAGCUGGGGAUUGAGAUAACGUCCACUGGCUCCAGUAACCACUACGUGACCGGAACUGCUGCUGAGCCGUCAACAGAUGUCUAUGUGAAGAUCUUGGCUGGUGAUGAAGUGAUUCAAGUCAACGACCAGAUAGUAGUCGGCUGGAGCAGAGCAAAUCUUGUGAAGAAGCUGCAGGAGAAUCCCAGUGGAGUGACUCUGGUCGUGAAGAAGAUCCCUGGGUCAACGCGACUCAGAGACCCAGUCCAGCAGACCUCCCCAACACAGGAAGAGGAGAAAGAAGAGAGGUCAGAGGAGGAAGACGAAAAGGACGAGGAGGAGAAUCCAAGGCACUCCAUAUUUGAGAGGGUAGCAGCAUCUGUCAGGUCCCUGUCUUUUAGGAAAGCCAUUCACGGGCCAGAGGUACAACAGCAGCCUAUGGGACAGGAGGAAUCAGAGUUGUCUUCAGACAAGGAGCUGGAGGGGAGUCUGACUCUCAAUUCAUAUCAAAACCAACAAAGGGGGUUGUCACCACUGACGGCCUCAGGGGAGUUUGAGGGUUUGGAAGGUUCAAGACUCUCCCCGAGGCUCUCACCAAGACUCAGAAACGACCAGUCACCGUCACCCAGAAGUCCUUCACCCCUGAACUUUGGGUUACUCAGAAGUGCUUCACCUCAGUCACCUGACCAGGAAAGAGGUAGCAUCAGUUCCUGCCCUGAAAUGGUGGGACACACGGGGAAUAAAGACACUAAGAAAAGCUCUACAAAAGGAAUGUCGACAGCUAUGAGUCGGCGUCGGGUGUCCUGCCGUGAGUUGGGUCGUCCCGACUGCGAUGGCUGGCUGUGGAAGAAGAGGAAGGAGAGCAGUGUCUUCAUCACCCAGAAGUGGCAGCGAUUCUGGUUUGUCCUCAAGGGGCCUUCACUUUACUGGUACACCAGCCAACAGGAUGAAAAGGCAGAGGGUUUGGUCAACAUAGCCAGCUACAGCAUAGAAAGCGCCGGAGAGCACAAGAGAAAAUACGUGUUCAAAAUGGGCCACCAGAGGUUUCAGAACUUCUUCUUUGCUGUCGACAAUGUCAGCGACAUGAGCAAAUGGAUUAACUGUCUGAUUACAGCCAUACAGAAGCACAAGAAGUUCAACGAAGGCCCUGACAGUGAAGAGGAAUGUUACAGCGAGACUGAAUCAGAAAGCGAGAGAUCUCCUUCACCCCGCAGAAGACACAAGAAAGUGCAGUCCAACACUCUGCCUCGCCCAAAGGGGAAGACGAACAAGGCAACAUUAUCGGGUCUUCCAACAGGGGGCGGCAAAGGAUCAGGCGUCCCAGAGGAUGAGAUGGGUAAGAUGUUAAACAACAUUAAGGAGGGAGGAGUUUCUCUGAUCGGCCACGAGCAGCCGUUUACGCACGACCACUUCAGGAAAUCAUUCAUUCGACGCAACAAGAACCCUGUCAUUAAUGAGAAGGCGCACACGCUCCGGGCCCUGCAGAGCACUCUGAAGGCAAAAGAAGCAGAGUUGCAGCAGAUCAAUAAGAUCUUAGAGGACUCUGAUCUGACAGCCUCAAAGUACCGCCAGUGGAAGGAGCAAAACGAGGAAUUAAUUCAAGAAAUCGAGAAACUGACUGCACUCAAGGCCUCCAAAGGAGAGGACGACGCGGCGGUGCAGGGCAUGCCUGCUGAGGAGGUUGCCUUGGAAACCGUCGCUAAGGAAACAGCCACGGCAGACACGGAAGGCGCAUACAGACUGAGCCUGAGCGACGGGGAGCAGUUAGUGGACGCGGAGCCGUCUGACGUUCUCCUGGAGAUCCCCCAGGGUUCUCCGGACACAGAGACCAGUCCAGUGUUAGAACUCUCUCUGGGGUCGCUGCAGGACUCAAUAAACAAACAGCUGAGCGAGAUGGUGGAGAGUGGAGAAGCUGCUGAGAACUACUUCUACAUUUAAGACCACGGUGGAACAGUCACACCACUGCGGAACUGCCCUGUUAAUGAAAAUCAGACAAAUGCAAGAUGCUUGUGAUGCGGCAGUGUGAGAGAGGUGCGCGUCAGCUGCUGACGUUCGCCCAAAAGGAUCAGUUAAAAGCUGCCACUAAAUCAACGCUUUAAUCAAGUAUGUCGGUGAAAUGCAUCAGUGCACACCUGUUUGUCUUUUUCUAUAGGAAACACAUUGAACCCAGUACUUGCUCACAACAAACAUGAUGAGUUUACAACAGAGAAAAGAACAAUUUGCCAAGUGUCAAUCUGAGUUCAGUAUAUAUUUAUAGGAUUUUAAGGCUGUCUUGUUAGUCUUAUGAUAAAAACUAUCAAAUAGAACUUUUCUUAGAAUUCACUGAGAAUUUGUAAUAAAAUUCAUGCCUCUUGUAAUGUGAUAUGUAAAUACAGUUUUACUAUAAAUACUGUACUUAUUUGUAUAUUACCUUAAUAAAGGUAUAGAUUUUAAAUAUUUUGCACAGAAAAUUCAAAACAGAAAAUUCGCUUUCACUCAUUGGAGCUCCUUUGUUGGUCAAGGUUAUGUCCUUGAGGCCUGCUGUGUACACCUGUGUAUAUGAACCACAUGGCAGAGCUGUAUGACCUGGUUCUGGUUCAGCGUUCCUUUUAUUGCCCAAGUUUGCCGUGAAUGCAGCAAAACAAGUGAAGACUCCUCAAGUGCUGAGAUGUCCGAUGUGACCCUGCUCCUUAUCGCUGUAAUCUUCCAUCAGCUUAAUAAAAAAGGGAGCGAGACGAUCACUGAAAUGUGUCGUGA